GGUCUGGACCCUUCUAUUGCUAGUGCCUCCUCCUCACUUAGAUGGACAUGUUUAGGGGUGGCUACCUCAUUGAAGUCCCCAUCAGGACCUGUGUUUGGACUAAGUGAUCCUGGCCCCUGGUGUCCACAGCUAACUGGGAGUUAGGUAGAAAAUUGAACUAGGGGCAACCCAUCAGUUUCUAUGUCUUAAAAUGUGCCCCAGGAUAUAGAAGCAAUAAGUGAAGUGCUGGGCCCUGGAGCUGAAGGAUUAGGUGAUGUUCACAACAAGGGUGGCCCCUCCUGCAAGGGAAGCCUAAAUCUAGGAGCAAGCGCGAGUUCUCCCCAAGAGACCAAGAAAAAUGAAGAGUGUGGUAUACUGAGCUGUCUCCCAGGUUUCAGGAGGCCUGGUUGAACUGGGUUCCUGGAUCACCAAGAUCGUCUGUUACAGGCAGCCUCACAAUAGACCCUGAAGUCGAGUUUGUUUGAGUGGACUUCCAUCCCUUACAAUCUCGAAGACACCAGCUCAGUUAGAGCCUUUUUUCCUCAUGAGUCUGGGGAAAAGAAACACUGUGUCUGCAUUAAAAGCAGAGACCAUAUGUUGCCCCACACAUUGUUUUUGGUUUUGUGGGGGUAGAAAGCAGAGAAAGAUGCGUGGAGCCUCCUUCAGGAGUCUGGUCUGCCCGGGGCACGGCGGGGUGUCCUGUGGGUCGCAGAGCCUCGUGUGCACACGCAGCUGCUGCUGCUGCCCUGGGCAGUGCCGCCACCACGACUCCGAGACGGGAGAACCGCCCCUUCCCUUCUGGCCAGUCCAUCCACCGAAGGCUGCCUUCUGUCCUUCCUUAUCACCCUUACAGUGGAAAAAGGUAAUUAUCCUAAGUCUUGCCAGUCUGUUGGCACCUUCUUCCUCAUCUUCCUGUUUAACUAUAUGAGCAACACAAAAACAUACACACCUUUUAACUGAAUUGUAGCUCAUUCAAGGAGUUGGUGAUUUUCUACUUAAAUCCUACUCUCCUUAUACUUUUCUCCGUCCCCCCUCACCUUGACCAGUCCCACCGCUCCUGGCCCCGCUCUAUCCUUCCCUUCUCGCCUGGAGGAGCUGUGCUCCAAGUGCUAAUUGGAGAGAGUGGAGAGGCUAUAGUCACCAUUAUGUGUAUUACUGAUGCGAGAAACAAGGUGGAUAAUACCUGGCAACAUUUGGGAACAUUUUCUUAAAAAAUCUUGAAAUAUUUCACUAAAACUUGAAAAAAGUUUUCAUCAAAAAAUGUAGCUCAGGCAAGAGGUGAAAUAAAAAUAGAAGAAUCCACCCAGAAUGCUUCAAGAGAUCUUAAUCUGUAAGGCAGGAAAUAGGAAGGGCAAUGUGAAUAUGCUGUGUCUUCAUUAGAGUUGUUUCCUUUAGUUUUAACUAAUUUUGGCUUGUAUUUUCCAGUGGGAUGAAGAGAAACUCCUAAGUGCAUUUCUCAGUGUUGAUGUUACUGUUUUUGUGUUUCUCAGCCAUGCCCCAGUCUCCUUUUAGGUGGAUUAUUGAAUUGACUUUCCCACCCCCCUCAAAAAAUAAAGUUUCCUGGUAUGAACCUUGAAAUGUCAGUACUGAGUGGGAGAACAGAAUGUUCUGGACUCUGUACUCCCAAACCUAGAAUCUAACCCUGUUUCUCCCACUAAUUGUGCCGUUUAUCCUAUCUGUACCUUCAUUUCCUUCUCUGUCCAGAGAAGGAAGUUUGAUGUGAUGAUUUGUUAAAGUCUCCUUUACCAAAAUUUUGUGAUUUCUUGAAAAUGCCUGCUGGGGUCACCCACACAGUUGGGAACGAGGAGCUAGUCAAAACCACCCUCAGAGAUCUGGAUAAAGAUUAUCGAGCAUUCUUAUGUAGGGCAACGGGUUGUCAUUCACACACUUCUGAGGUUUUCAGAACAGGAAAAUAGGUGGGGUUAACUCUGCCUGUGAGAAACGUCUUGGGUGAGCUAUGACUUCAGUUGAAAGAUGUGUUUUUGUGACGGGAGCGCCACUGAAGGACUGAAGACUGUUUUGAAUACUCCCUGCAGAAGUGCAGCCAUGAUUCUUUCCACCUAUAAUACCAUCCAGUCUAUUUUCUGUUGCUGCUGUCGCUGUUCCAUGCAGAAGCGACAAGUGAGAACACAAAUAAGCCUGAGCAAAGAAGAAGAACUUUCAGAAAAAUACACUCAGCAUCGCAGGGCAUGGUUCAGAGAACUGCCAAGUAAGAAGCAAUCAAACAGGGGCCAUGCGCAACAAUCAAAACGCAAGCCACUACCUCCCCUCCCACCCUCUGAGUUUGCUGAAGAGAAGAUCCAAGUCAAGGCAUUGUAUGAUUUUCUACCCAGAGAGCCCUGUGAUUUGGCAUUAAAGAGGGCAGAGGAAUACUUGAUAUUGGAGAAGUAUAAUCCUCACUGGUGGAAGGCAAGAGACAGUUUGGGGAAUGAAGGCUUAAUCCCAAGCAACUAUGUGACUGAAAACAAACUAACCAAUUUAGAAAUAUAUGAGUGGUACCACAGAAACAUUACUAGAAAUCAGGCAGAACAUCUUUUGAGACAAGAGUCUAAAGAAGGUGCAUUUAUUGUCAGAGAUUCAAGACAUCUGGGAUCCUAUACAAUUUCUGUGUUUGUAAGAGCAAGAAGAAGUAUGGAGGCUACCAUCAAACAUUAUCAGAUUAAAAUAAAUGACUCUGGCCAGUGGUAUGUGGCUGAAAGACACUACUUUGCAUCAAUCCCUGAGUUGAUCUGGUAUCACCAACACAAUGCGGCUGGUCUCCUGACCCGUCUCCGCUACCCUGUUGGACUGAUGGGCAGUUGUUUACCAGCCACGGCUGGUUUUAGCUAUGAAAAAUGGGAAAUAGACCCAUCCGAGCUGGCUUUUAUAAAGGAGAUAGGAAGCGGUCAGUUUGGGGUGGUCCAUUUAGGUGAGUGGCGAGCACACGUCCAAGUGGCUAUCAAGGCUGUCAGCGAAGGCUCCAUGUCUGAAGAGGACUUCAUCGGAGAGGCCGAAGUGAUGAUGAAACUGUCCCAUCCAAAGCUAGUUCAGCUUUACGGAGUGUGCACACAGCAGAAGCCCCUUUACAUUGUGACAGAGUUUAUGGAAAAUGGCUGUCUGCUUAAUUAUCUCAGAGACAGAAAAGGAAAGCUGAGGAAGGAAAUGCUGCUGAGCAUGUGCCAGGAUAUAAGUGAAGGGAUGGAGUAUCUGGAGAGAAACUGCUUUAUUCACAGGGAUUUAGCAGCAAGGAACUGUUUGGUCAGUUCUACAAGUAUAGUAAAAAUUUCGGACUUUGGGAUGACAAGGUAUGUUUUGGAUGAUGAAUACAUCAGUUCUUCUGGGGCCAAGUUCCCGAUCAAGUGGUCUCCUCCUGAAGUUUUCCAUUUCAGCAAGUACAGCACCAAAUCUGAUGUCUGGUCGUUCGGCGUUUUGAUGUGGGAAGUGUUUACAGAAGGAAAAAUGCCUUUUGAAAAUAAGUCAAAUUUGCAAGUUGUGGAAGCCAUUUCUAAAGGCUUCAGGCUGUACCGCCCUCAGCUGGCACCAAUGUCCAUAUAUGAAGUCAUGUACAGCUGCUGGCAUGAGAAACCUAAUGGUCGCCCUACAUUUGCGGAGCUGCUGCAGGUCCUCACAGAGAUUGCAGAGACCUGGUAACCUGAAUGGAAUGCCAACCCAGAGGAUCUCCUUGCAAAACUGUCGCAAAAGGAAAUCCUGUGUGUGGUCACUGAUGGUGAAUAUCUUCCUUUAGUGUUGCUGCCUCUUGAAACAGUGCAAAGAUCACAGGCUUUUUAAACUACUCUGAAAUUUUCAAAUUUAAGAAUAUUCUGACAAUUUUUCCACAUGUGUGUUUGAGAGACACUUUUAAACUCUUGUUCUUCUGGAAUAUUCUUUACAUCCCAUGUGUGAGGAAGGGGAAAUGCACCAUAGCAGCUUUCACUGUAGCUGCAGAUCACCAGAACAGCCCCGCAAGCCCCCAAGGGCGUGGGAAAACCUGACCCUCUACAGGGCUGAGGAAAUGGCCUUCCUGAAGAGGAAUGACACCCUUUACUUCAGUGGGCCAUGCAUAGAAGAUGAAAAUAAAUUCUGCCAACUCGUGGAAUAAAGGAGCCACCCUGCCGAAUUUCAUGCUUUUGAGCAGCACAGAUCUUUAUGGAAAAAUGUACCUUUACACACCAAAUGAAUGUGAAUAUUUUGGAACUGUCUUUUA